GGAGAGUGGGGUUGGAGGGAGGGAGAACAAGAGGACGUGGUUGGGUUGUUGUUUCCUUCCACUCUUUCUUCCUUCCUUCGUCUUUCUCUUGUUUUUUUUCCUCCAUUUCUCUGACCCUCAAAAAAAAAAAAAAAAAAUUCUGCGGUUCGCUUCUAAGGGGGGAUCGAGCGGAAGAAAGUUUCAUUUUUUUUGGUAGAAAAAGGAAGAAUAUCUACAAGAAUCCAGAGAGAGAGAGAGUUUGGGGAAGGAGAUAUGGAGGAGGCAAUGGCAGCUAGGUAUUGGUGUCAUAUGUGUUCUCAGAUGGUGAAUCCAAUAAUGGAGGCGGAGAUCAAAUGCCCAUUCUGCCAAAGCGGGUUCGUGGAGGAGAUGAGUGGUAACAAUGGUAAUACCCUAACAAACGUUCAAGACCGGGAUUCGGGUUUCGGUUCAGACAAUGCCAUGUCUCUCUGGGCCCCGAUCUUGCUCGGCAUGAUGAGCAGUCCCCGGAGGCGUAGGAGGUUUAGGAGAGUGGAAUUCGGUGAAGAAAAUGAUGAUAACGAUGAUGAUCAUGAUCAUGGAAAUGGUACCAAUGAUCAUCAUCAUCGUGCCCGUCGGCAUGGAGAAGAGAUUGAUUUGGACAGGGAAUUUGAGUCUAUCCUAAGGAGACGGAGAAGAAGCUCAGCUACCAUAUUGCAGUUGCUUCAGGGAAUCCGGGCAGGGAUCGCAUCCGAGUAUGAGACCACCGAGAAUGGUCGUGAUAGGGAUAGAGUUAUCAUGAUCAGCCCGUUUGACCAAAACCGAAACCAGAGUCCUCCUCUAACAUCACUUGGAGAUUACUUCACCGGACCAGGGUUAGACCUUUUGCUCCAGCACCUGUCUGAAAACGACCCGAACAGGCAGGGGACACCUCCUGCCGGAAAAGAAGCAGUGGAGGCUCUGCCAAACGUGAAAAUAUCGGAGCCAUUGCAAUGCUCGGUCUGUUUGGACGAUUUUGAGAAGGGAGAAGAAGCAAAGGAGAUGCCGUGUAAGCACAAGUAUCACAGCCGGUGUAUAUUACCGUGGCUCGAGCUCCAUAGCUCAUGCCCGGUAUGUCGGUACGAGCUUCCUGUUCUUGCUGAUGAGACAAAGGUCGAUCAACUACAACCGGGAGCCAUAACCAGAACCACAGCCAUGGAAGAAAAUAGAAGUAGAAACAGUGAUAAUGUGGAAGGAGAUGAAGAAGAAGGUCGGAACGGGAGCGAGAACGGGAACGGAAGAAGAUUCUCGUUCCCGUGGCCUUUCAGCGGGUUAUUCUCGUCGUCGUCAUCAUCUGGCUCAUCAGGAUCACAGCCUGGUGAAAACAACAACUCUUUCUCGGGAUCAUCCGGUUCUCGUGGAUGAGAAACAAACAACUCAAAGCACAGAACCAAACCGGGUUUUUGUUUGUUCAUGUUCUUGUCCUUGCUCUCUGUCUUGUUUCUGCUGUUUCUUAAGCUUAUGUACAUAUAAUCUUCUGGUUGUCUUUUCUUUCAGAUCGAUGAAAAAUAUUGGAGGGAUUUGCCUUU